UAUGCCGGUCACAUGUAGACUCUGCUGCACAAGAGAAUAAAGUUAUAUCAUAGUUAUUCCGCAUGAUUCAGUUUCUAUAUUACUGAAGAUACCACAUAUUGGCGACGAGGAUAUUGGAAGGAUGAAAAAUAUGUCAGUUUGAAGACGGAUGCUACAGGGUGAGCUGACGGGAGAGAGAGGGGCUAGAAAUUGACCGGAGGAUUCACAAAAAAAAAAAAAGCAAAGAUGGCUACGAUGAUAGGCACUCUGUCGGUUUUUGACGUGAAGGAGCAGACGUGGGAAGAGUAUUGUGAGAUACUAGAACAGUUUUUUGAAGCUAACGGAAUUGACGAUGGAGAUAAGCAGAGAGCUAUCCUCAUCAGUGCGGUGGGACCAGCCACAUACAAGCUCAUGAGGAACUUGGUGAGUCCAGAUAAACCCAGCUCGAAAACUUACGGUCAGUUGAAAACUUUAAUGAAAGAGCACUUCAACCCCAAACCGAGUGAGAUAGUUCAGAGAUACAAAUUUGACUCGCGCUCCCGCCAGCCUACAGAGACCGUCAGUGUGUAUGUAGCUGAAUUGAGACGAUUAGCACAUGAUUGUAACUAUGGUGCAACACUGGAACAGAUGUUAAGAGACCGACUGGUAUGCGGUAUUAAUGAUGACAGGAUUCAAAGACGCUUGCUAUCCGAAACAGACUUGACGUUUGAGAAAGCAUUCCAAAUUGCAGUAGCUGCGGAGGCCGCUAGUAAAAACGUUCAAGAUCUCCAUACAGCACCGGUAGCAUGCAACAGUGUGAGGACAGAGGGUGCGCUGAAAAAGGAGAGUGAAUGGAAAAAAAAAGAUAAAGAAUGCUACCGAUGUCAUGGGAAGCAACACAACGCGGCUGCGUGUAAAUUUAAGGAGGCAAAGUGUCACUGUUGCGGAAAAGUUGGGCACAUAGCCAAGGCUUGCCGUAAUAGAAAUAAAGAAAGUGCCAGCUACAACGAGAAGAAAGCAUGCAGAACAGAGAAAACAUACCGAGCAGAGCGGCGUCCACAUCCACAUCGAUCCUAUAAUGUGGAGUGUGAAAAGCAAGAUGCUAAUGAAUCUGAGGAGGAAGUGUUCACAUUGAACUGCAUGGAAACGGAGACAUCAAUUCAGAGGAUAAAACCGUUUGAAGUGACGAUGGCAGUGAAUGAGAAGACGGAACAUUUUGAAAUUAAUACAGGAUGCAGUGUAAGCAUAAUGAACGAGCUGAAGUUCAAUGAGUUGUGGAAUGAAGGACAAUGA